UUCCGGGUCAGCCGCGCUCCGGCUCCCGGCUCCGUGACUGGCGAGGGCGCCGCGCCGUGUGCUGGUCCCGGGGCGGCGUGGUCGACCCGCCACCGCGCCUCCCGCCAGGGGGUCACCCCCGCCCGCAGCCCGGGCCGGAGGAGGACGGGCGCGGCGGGUCGCUCUGCCCCCUCGCUCGGCGCGGACCAGCCCUGCGGAGCCGCCCGCGCACGGCGCCCCUGCCCCGGCGCCGCGGCCCGCCCGGCCGGGGAGGGCGGAAGAUGCCGGUGAAGAAGAAGAGGAAAUCCCCCGGGGUGGCGGCGGCCGCGGCAGACGACGGGGGCCUCAAAAAGUGUAAAAUCUCCAGCUAUUGCAGAUCCCAACCCCCUGCUAGACUAAUAAGUGGAGAGGAACAUUUUUCAAGCAAGAAGUGCCUGGCUUGGUUUUAUGAGUAUGCAGGUCCUGAUGAAGUUGUAGGGCCAGAAGGAAUGGAAAAGUUUUGUGAAGACAUUGGUGUUGAGCCUGAAAAUAUUAUUAUGUUAGUUUUAGCGUGGAAAUUGGAGGCUGAAAGCAUGGGAUUUUUUACCAAGGAAGAAUGGUUAAAGGGGAUGACUUCAUUACAGUGUGAUUGCACAGAAAAAUUACAGAAUAAAUUUGACUUUUUGCGCUCCCAGUUAAAUGAUAUUUCAGCAUUUAAGAAUAUCUACAGAUACGCCUUUGAUUUUGCAAGGGAUAAAGACCAGAGAAGUCUUGAUAUCGAUACUGCUAAAUCCAUGUUGGCUCUUCUGCUUGGGAGGACGUGGCCCCUGUUUUCAGUAUUCUACCAGUACCUGGAGCAAUCAAAGUAUCGUGUUAUAAACAAAGAUCAGUGGUACAAUGUAUUAGAAUUCAGCAGAACAGUCCACGCUGAUCUUAGUAACUAUGAUGAAGACGGUGCUUGGCCUGUUCUUCUCGAUGAAUUUGUUGAGUGGCAAAAAGUCCGCCAAACAUCAUAGCAAGAACUGUGUGACGAAAAUGCAAACCUUUGAUUUCCACAUGUAUACAGGCUAAGAGAUGAGAAGAAAAACCCCAAAGGGUGCAUUUUCAUUCACGGGAAGGACUUCUCAUAGUACUACUUCUCCUUUUUUUUUAAAGGAAGUUUUCUUGUUACAUGUGAUGGGCAUUGAGCCACACCUCUCCUGAGACUGAAUACUGAAGUUUUGUUUUGUUUUGUUUUGUUUUUGAGUUACGUUUAUAACAUUUAUUUCAGAAAAAUAAAGAUUCAGAUUUGUGACAAAG